AUGUCUAAAAAAACAGUUUCUUAUUUUUAUUCUCCUGACGUGGGAAAUUUUCAUUAUGGUCCCGGUCAUCCGAUGAAGCCUCACAGACUAUCGGUUAUACAUAGUUUAGUAUUAAAUUAUGGAUUGCAUAAAAAAAUGCAAAUAUAUCGUCCAUAUAAAGCGAGUGCUCAUGAUAUGUGUAGAUUUCAUAGUGAUGAAUACGUUGAGUUUCUUCAAAGAGUUACACCUCAAAAUUUACAAAAUUAUACAAAAUAUUUGGCGCAUUUUAAUGUCGGUGAUGAUUGUCCGGUUUUCGAAGGAUUGUACGAUUUCUGCAGUAUGUACACGGGAGCUUCAUUAGAAGGAGCUACUAAAUUAAAUAAUAAUUGUUGUGAUAUUGCUAUAAAUUGGUCUGGUGGAUUACACCAUGCCAAAAAAUUUGAAGCUAGUGGUUUUUGUUAUGUGAAUGACAUUGUUAUAGCAAUUUUAGAACUUUUAAAAUACCAUCCAAGAGUGCUCUACAUUGAUAUUGAUGUUCAUCACGGAGAUGGAGUUCAAGAAGCAUUUUAUUUAACUGAUAGAGUUAUGACUGUUUCUUUUCAUAAAUAUGGUAAUUGUUUUUUUCCCGGAACUGGAGACAUGUAUGAAAUAGGUGCAGAAAGUGGUCGAUAUUAUUCAGUUAAUGUGCCUUUGAAGGAGGGCAUUGAUGACACAAGUUAUGUCCAAGUUUUUAAACCAGUUAUUCACAGUGUAAUGGAAUUUUAUCAGCCUACAGCAAUCGUCUUGCAAUGUGGUGCCGAUUCUUUAGCAAAUGAUAGAUUAGGAUGUUUUUCUCUAAGCACAAAAGGUCAUGGUGAAUGUGUUAAAUUAAUAAGAGAUUUAAAUGUUCCACUUUUGGCAGUUGGAGGUGGAGGGUAUACUUUGAGAAAUGUUGCUCGUUGUUGGACAUAUGAAACAUCUUUAUUAGUGGAAGAACAAAUAAGUAAUGAACUUCCUUUGACUGAAUAUUUAGAAUAUUUUGCUCCAGAUUUUACACUUCAUCCAGAUGUUGUCACUCGACAGGAAAAUGCUAAUAGCAAACAAUAUCUUGAAGCAAUAACCAGGCAUGUUUGUGACAAUUUAAAAAUGGUUCAACACUCACCGAGUGUACAAAUGCACGAUGUACCUGGUGAUAUAUUGCAACAGGAACCACAAGAAGACAAUCCUGAUGUCAGGAUAUCGCAAGCUGAUGAAGAUAAACGAGUGGAACCUGCGAAUGAAUUUUACGAUGGUGAAAAAGACAAUGAUAAAGAAAAUGUGGAAACAUAA